AAUCGCGGCCGCUAGUGUGAUUCGGGCUUUACGCUAUUCCGCUGCAUAGAUUCGCACCGAGAGACAGCCAAAGACUACACACUAUACGAUAAGCGAAUGCAUCUUGUUGAUAGUUAUAACGAUGGUCGAAAGGAGAUUUAAUCAUUUGUAAAUAUUUUUGUAAAUAUUCUACAUACACACUCUUUUGAUACGCGGCGCGAAGUCUAAUCAACGAAAUGUCACUCGUUUUUAUACGUCAAUCGUGAAAUCUCGCUGUAUAUUGAGGUGAUUUUAUUCAGAUGACAAUUAGCGUUGUCUGAUAUUUGGAUUCCUUUCGAGCGUGAAUCUGGAAAAACAAUUUUUUUAUUUGUGUAUUUGCAAACACAUAUGUUCACAGGUGUAUGGACAAUUCAAGGUUAAAGAAACACAAUGCCACCGCCAUUAAUAGCUACACCUCGGAAAUUACCAAUUUUUGUGUUUCCACAAAACAUUACAUUCUAUUUAGACGAUCAGUCUACCCACAAACAAGUGUUAACUUUGUACAAUCCAUAUGAUUUUCCUGUAAAAUUCAAAGUUCUAUGUACUGCACCAAAUAAAUAUCAAGUGGUUGAUCCAGAAGGCAUAAUAAAAGCCAGCUCCUGUGUUGAUAUUGUUGUUAGACAUACAGCAUUGUUGGCAAAUAAUUGUAAUGUAAUUGAUAAAUUUAGGAUACAUAUGCAAGAAUAUCCUACUAAGCAGGUGAUUGGUAAACGAGAUGUUGAAGCUAAACUUCUCUCUGGAACAUCAGAUACAGCUGGAAGGUCAACACCAGAUCCAGAUAUGUUUCAACAGCUUCCAAUAAAUGAAAGCAGGCAACAGCAAUCUUAUGCACUUAUAACCCGAAAUAAGACAUUGGACAAUACAAAUAUUUUAGGAGGUACAAAUUACGUAGCACUCAUCACAGGAAUUAUAUGCAUAAUUGGAUUGCUUCUACCUACUGAAGGAGAACAAAAUCAAAGGGUGCCCGAUUAUCUCCACCUUUCUGUGAACUUUAAAUUGAUAUUCUCAUUUGUAUUAGGUAUGGUUGCAAAUAUUGUUUUAGGGCUAUAAAAUUCUUAGCUUUUUAUAUAAAAAUCUUUAUAUACAGGUUAAAAUCAUAGGAUAAAAACACAAUUAAUACAAGACUUUUUCAUAUUGGGCCUCUUUUCUUAUGGAAUAUACCCAAUUCUAGUCUAUAAACUUCAACAUUAUAUAUCGACCAAGAUACCGCGAUAUUUCUUUAUCAUAAUAAUUAUAAUUUUAUAAAAAUAUAUAAAUAUAUCGUAAUGUUAAUAAUUAUUUCUAUUAUAUUAAAUAGUUCUAUUUUAAAAAAAGUCAUCGGAAAUAUUCCUGCUCUACGCGAUAAGAUAGACGCAUAUUCUGACUCGUGAUUUUUAGGCCUAUUUGGAAAACCAAUGUAAUGCUAUUGUUUGAAUUACGUGUUUAUGUAUAUGAACAUACCGAUGAUAAAUUUUAUAUUUCUUAUAUGAUAUAAUAUAUAUGAUCUUUUGCUAACUUAUUUGAAAAUCUUUAUGUUGUAUGUGUAUAAAAUCAUUAUAAUAUAUUUUUCCAUUCAUAAUAACUAUCAGUUAUAUAUUUUGCGCGCAACAUGAUCUCAUAUACAGCUAGAUAAGGGUCUUCCUCUGUAUAUAAAGUUGGAACUAAGUUUUAAUUAUUAAAAACAUUUGUAACAAUGAAUGUGAUUUCUUUUUUUCUUUUUUUUUUUUGUAUUUGGUUUUUAUAAUUUUAUAUA